AUGCCCGGCGGAGCUACUACUGGUCAGCUCAAUCAUGUCUCCCAGGCCCUCGCCGACCACCGUCUCUCGAUGGUCGGCGCUACUGGUGCCAAGGGUCUCAUCAGGAACGCCCGUACCUUUGCCAUUGCCGUCUUUGCCUCCAUGGGUGGUCUCAUCUACGGUUACAACCAGGGCAUGUUCGGUCAGAUCUUGAGCAUGCACUCUUUCACUGAAGCCAGUGGUGUCACUGGUAUCCAGAACCCUACCCUCUCCGGUUUCCUCACUGCCAUUCUCGAGCUCGGUGCUUGGGUCGGUGUCUUGAUGAGCGGUUACGUCUCGGAUGCCGUCGGACGUAGGAAGUGUAUCGUCUUUGGUGUUGCAUGGUUCGUUCUCGGUGUCAUCAUCCAGGCCUGCACACGCGGCGGCUCCUACAACUACAUUCUCGCCGGUCGAUCCAUCACCGGUGUCGGUAUCGGUUCGCUCUCCAUGAUCCCUCUCUACAACGCCGAGCUUGCUCCUCCUGAGAUCCGUGGUUCGCUCGUUGCCCUUCAGCAGUUUGCUAUCAUCUUUGGUAUCAUGACCAGCUACUGGUUGACCUAUGGAACCCAGUACAUCGGUGGAACCGGCAUUGGGCAGAGCCGUGCCGCUUGGUUGGUCCCCACCACCAUCCAGCUUGUUCCUGCACUCAUCCUUGCCGUCGGUAUCCUCUUUCUUCCUGAAUCUCCUCGUUGGCUCAUCAACGAGGGUCGUGAGAAGGAGGCUCUCACCGUCAUUGCCGGCCUUCGUCGUCUUCCCGAGAACGAUCUUCUCGUCCAAAUGGAGUACCUCGAGGUCAAGGCCCAGAAGCUCUUCGAAGACCGUGUCUCGGUUCACGACCACCCCAACCUCCAGGAUGGCUCGCGAAGCAGCAACUUCAAGCUUGGUGUUGUCCAGUACAAGUCUCUCAUCGCCAACCCAGCCAACCUUCGCCGAACACUUGUCGCCGUCAUCAUCAUGCUGUUUCAACAAUGGACGGGAAUCAACUUCAUUAUUUACUACGCCCCUUUCAUCUUCCGACAGAUCGGUCUCGAUGGUGGCUCCAUCUCGCUCCUUGCCUCGGGUGUUGUCGGUAUUGUCACGCUUCUGGGCACUGUCCCUGCGGUCCUCUACGUCGACACUUGGGGACGCAAGCCUAUCAUGAUUGGUGGUGCCGUCAUCAUGAGUAUCUGCCACUUUGUCGUCGCCAUCAUCAUUGCUACGUGCCGUGACAACUGGCCUGCCCACAAGGCUGCUGGUUGGGUCGCCUGCUCCUUCAUCUGGAUCUUCUGCAUGACGUUUGGAUUCAGUUGGGGACCUUGUGGGUGGAUAAUAGUGGCUGAGGUCUUCCCUCUCGGUCUUCGUGCCAAAGGUGUCUCGAUCGGUAACUCUUCCAACUGGCUCAACAACUUUGCUGUUGCCAUGUCUACCCCUGACUUCAUCACUGCUGCUCCUUACGGUGUCUUCAUCUUCCUCGGCAUCAUGUGUAUCCUUGGUGUUGGCUACAUCGUCUUCUUUGUUCCCGAGACCAAGCAAAAGACUCUUGAUGAGCUUGACGCUGUCUUUGGUGACAACUCUGGUCGCUCGCAGUGGGAGGCUGGUGUGAUGCUCCAGGCCCAGCGCGACAUUGGUCUUCUUCGUCUUGCUGGUAUCGAGGAGGGAAAGACUGGCGCUGCUCAUGCAGACAGCUCUUCGGACCAUGUUGACGAGAAGCACCCUGACUCUCACUGGGACACUGAUGCCAACAAGGAGGGCACGUCCUCACUUGGACCGCCUAAGUCGCUCAGCAACAGACCCCUCUCCUCUACAUAG